AUGAUACGUUGUGUUAUUAGACAAAUGAUGGGACUAGCUUUAGUACCUGAACAAUAUGUUCCAUCAUUAUUUGCAAAUCUUGGACAAGAAUUAAAUGAUUCUGAACGUGAUGAAUUAAUUAUUCAAAUAAAUAGUGGAAUGGGUCUUCGUACAAAACGAAUUAAGUUUCGAAUUGCUGAACAACGAACUAAAGAAUUAUAUGAUCGAUUCAAUAAUAACCAAAUUAAAGUGGAAGAAUUAUUACGUGGACUUUCUCUUUUUGUUGUAGAUGCGAAAUAA